UUACCAUUCAGUAUAUACCUGUACAUGUACGUACGUUUAUAAGUUAGUUAUACGUCUGUAUGUUUAAUUCUUAAAGUGAAAUAUUUUACAACGUUAUUAAGGGAGAAAACGGAAUUAUUAUAGAAAUGCAAGGACGGAUAUUCCGUGUGUUAACUGUAUGCCUCUUCCUCUUCCUCCUUUGUUUGGGAUUAUGUGAAGGAUUGAUGUGUUAUUUUUGUGAAGAUAGUAGUGAGAAGGAAGGCAAAGACCAGUGUAAAACAUGGAUAAGAACAAUGAUGUACUACAGAAAAAAAUACAAUGAGCAAGGCGCCUUUACAACAAAGAAGUAUGUGAAAAACUGUACAGGGUUUGCCAAUCUUCCAGAGGAGCAAGUAUUUUGCAGCAUCAUGUAUGUCAAGUCCGGAGGUAUUCUACGCAGUUAUAUCCGAGGAUGUAGUGACGGUCGUACAUUCUUCGAUGAAGAGUUCAAUCUGCGAGUGGCGGGAACAGUGAAGGGGGACAAUCAGACGAAAUGUAUUGGUCAAGGUGAAAGUAUUUGCAUCACACUGUGUAAUGGACAAGGGCAGGACUUCUGUAACGGACCUCUGCUCUCUAAAGCGACUGGAGUGUUUCCUUGGACUAAUGGCAUAAUGUCAUUGUGUUUGUUAAUGCUGUUCAUACAGACACUUGCAUUAGAUAGGUUGAGUUAGUAUUCAACAUGUUUCUUCAUCUCCCCGUGUACAAAUGUUACUUUAAAUAUCUGAAAAAAAACAGCUGUUAAAACUUAUUUUCGAUGCUUUCUUUUUUUCUGCAUGAAACAUUACUAUUGUUUCUUGCUUUCGUUUUUAAUAAAUGUUGAUAUUA